AAAAAAAAAAAAAGCAAAAACAGAAGAGCUAGGCUGGGGGAAGCUCAGGGAUGGAAUGGUUACCCUGUACGCACAAGACCCUAGACUGCAUCCCCAGCACUGCCAGUAAACAAAACAUGCAACUUGGCCACCAAGCACCCAGAACCGUGAGCAGCAAGACAUCUGUCAGCAUGGAACGUCGGGGCCUCUGGGGUCAGAGAGGGCCGUCAAGCAGAGCACAUCCUCGGACCGGCUUUCCAGCCUGACCUCAGGCAGGGUAAGACGCCUCUAGACUCACGUGGUGUCAUGUCAGCUGUUCCCACUCUUAAACAGACAUGAGCAUGAUUUAACCUGGGCUCAGAAGCAGGUCGUUGGCAACCUGACUGGACCUGAGGGCAUAAUCAAAGGGGUGGGGUCUUGAUGGUCUUACCUGUCCACCUUUAGUCAGCCGGAUCCUGACAGGGACACACACUUGGGUGGUCAUUGUUGUCACACUUGAUCUCUCCCAGGGCAAUUUUCCCUAGAGCCAGCCUUCUGAGACUGAACAGGCACCAUGAACAUUCCUCCACACACAGAGGGAACACGUAGUUGCAGGGGCUUCGGAGACAGUGAGAACAGGACUGAGACAAGAAUGGACCACUAGCCUUGCUUCUGCCCCAGCCCAUUGUGACCUCCCUGGCUGUACCCAGGCCUUUGUGACUGUCACCCUGGGUAGAUUUGUGAGCCAGGGUGACAUCUAAAGUGCCCUCAAAGAGAGUGGCAGGUCAGCCAGGCCAGAGCCUGGACCUGGGGUCAGAAAGGGGUCACAGGGAGGAAUGGAGGGGCCAAACCCCCUGGGGCCCUGUGGACACUCUCAUCCCCAGUGUCCUCCAGCCCCAGUUUCAAGCAGUCACGGAGGAUGCCUGGAUCAGCCCUGUCAGGGAUAUGUAAGGUGGCCCUGUCUGGUCCCCCAUCAGUCCACUCAGUCAUUAGAGUCUUCCAGACCUUUCCCUGCUCCAGGGACAGGGGGUGGGGGACCCAGAGUGGGAGGAGAGGCACCUGGAAUGUUUCUGUCAAGUGAAGAAGCAGAGAUGCCAAGGCAGAGAGCUCGAGAGCCAGCAGGGUCCAGACAAGAAGUGGAGGCCGAGGUAGAGUGGGGCUGGCCCCUGCAUCCAGGGCAUGAACAGGUGCCACCUAGGCAGGCAGCAUCCCCCACCUCAGGACCCAGGCCCUGCCCAUGUCCAACCAUGCCUCCCGGAGGAGGAGCCGCAGCCUCACCCAGGACAGCUCCCACGAAGCUCCAGAGUGGGGGGACACUGGGAUCUGCAGAGCAAUCCUUUCUACAGCUGGAGCAGGAGAACUACAGCCUGAAAAGACAAAACCAGGACCUUCGGGAGCAGCUGGGGGCCCUCCUGGGGCCAGGGCAGCAGUUCCUGCCUCUGUGUGCCGAGCACUCAAGCUGCACAGCCCUGGCCUGGCCACCAUCCCCUGAGUCUGCCUGCACCCGGCCCCUGGAAGACAGGGCACCUGUGCAGCUGCCGCCGCAGCAGGAGCUCUGCCGGGGCCAAGAGUCCUUUGUGCGGCAGUCCCAGAGUGAGCUGCAACAGAUCCGACUGUCCUUUGAGAGGAAGAAGAUGGCCAUUACUGAGGUGUGGGACGGUGUGGCUGAGGUACACAUGGCUCUGAACAACCAGGCCACCGGGCUCCUGAACCUCAAGAAGGAUAUCCGGGGUGUGCUAGAUCAGAUGGAAGACAUUCAGCUGGAGAUUCUGGGGGAGAGGGCCCAUUGCCGCACUCAGGCUAGGAAGCAGCAGCAGAUGUCAUGCAUGGAAAAAGACAGGUCACAGCUGGGAUGUCCCGAGGGCCUGAAGAGCCAGCUCUGGCUGCUGGCCUUGAGGCUGCUGCUGGGUGCUCUGCUGGCCUGCACAGCGGCCUACGUGUACGUGGUUGACCCUGCACCCUUCGAGGGGCUGGUGCCACCCCUGCUGAGCCGAGCCGCCGUCUGGAAGCUCAGGGCCCUACUGGGCCCCUUCUUGCGCCUCGAGGUGGACGACUUCCUGCCUUUCUAGGCCAGAGGCACAGAGGCCCCAGAAGGAGGAGGCCAGGUGGCUGGUGCUGCCCCCGGGGCCCGGUGGCUUUAACUGGUUCCUGACUGCCUACAGCCCUGCUGCACAGUCCCUACCAGGAGCAGCAGAGAAGGGUGGAGGAGGGGCUUGUCCUGAGGGCUGGGCCUGCAGCUGGACAUACAGUCAUGACACACUUUGCAUGUAAGCUUGUUUCCAUGGAAACUGGGGCUUUGGGGGGAAGAGGUUGGGGAACUCUCUGAGGCACUCUGUUGGUCUGGUAGUUGGGGUGUGGUGUUGAGGCCCCUGCCUCAGACCCCAGUCUUGGCUCCUGUCCGCCCUCAAAGGUUUUCCUCCAUAAAGGCCCCCCGGAGCAUGAGGGGUGUCAGGAUGGUCUUCCCUAAAAGGCUACAGCUGGCAAUUACGGGAGUCCUUGGGGCUUACCUCCUGGAUGAGGCCCUCCUGAGGACCUCAGAAGUCAGAGCCCUGAAUCUGCUGACCCACCCAAUCUUG